GGGGCAGCGGCCGCCAUGGCCCCGGAGGACGAGCGGGCCCCCCAGGCCUCCCCCUCCCCCCCACCGGAGCCGGGGGGGGUCUCGGGGGCUCGGGGGGAUUUGGGGGGGGGUCCGGGGGCGGGAUUUGGGUCUGGGGUCUCGGGGGGUCUCUACCACGAGCGGCAGCGCCUGGAGCUCUGCGCCCUCCACGCCCUCAACAACCUCCUGCAGCGGCCCUGGCUCAGCAAAGCCGCGGCCGACGGCAUCUGCCGCCGGCUGGCCCCCAACUCGCGGCCCAACCCCCACCGGAGCCCCCUGGGCACGGGGAACUACGACAUCAACGUGGUGAUGGCAGCGCUGGGCACGCUGGGGCUGGCGGCCGUCUGGUGGGACAAGCGGCGCCCCCUGGAGCGGCUCUCGGUGUCCCCAGUCCUGGGGUUCCUGCUCAACGUCCCCUCCCGGCCCCGUCUGGGGGGGCUGCGGCUGCCGCUGGCCCGGCCCCACUGGCUGAGCGUGAGACACCUGGGGGAUUCCUUCUACAACCUGGACUCCAAACUGCCCGCACCUGCCAGCAUCGGCAGCGAGACACAGCUCAGGGAGUUCCUGCAGCGGGUGUUGGAUGAGGGGAGCUCGGAGCUGUUCCUGGUGGUGCCGCGGGAGGUGGAGGAGGAGGGGACCUGGUUGAAGCCUGAGUGACACCUGAACAACACCUGAACGACACCUGAACGACACCUGAAUGACACCUGAAUGACACCUGAAUGACACCUGAACGACACCUGAGUGACACCUGAGGGACACCUGAAUGACACCUGAAUGACACCUGAAUGACACCUGAA